ACUGCCUAGUGUGAGUACACCCUUAGACUGACUUCCUGAUCAUCUGACUCGACGCACUGAAAUCGAAAGUAAAAUAUACAAGUGAAAGUAAAGUUGAUCCGCGGACAUUUCACGAACACGAGCGAAACAUUUAUAUUUGUGCUGAUUUAUGGCUAAAGGACAUGAUUGAUUUGAUUUAAUGUGAGAGUUGAAGAUGCGCGGAUCGAGCUGUGUUUUGAUGUCAGUGCUGCUGAUGAUCGCCGAUGGUUUGAUUGUAAAAGGUCCCUCUGGUCCUCUGGUUGCUCCUCUGGGAUCCUCCGUGGUUUUGCCCUGUUCUGUUGAUGAACUUUUAUCAGUGAAGGAUCUGGAGGUGGAAUGGAGAAGAACAGACUCUGAGGCUUUAGUUCAUCUGUAUCAGGAAGGUGAGAGUCGAACAGAAUCCCAGCAGCAGGAUUAUCAGGAUAGAGCUCAUUUCUUCACUGAUCAGAUACAACAUGGAAACUUCUCCCUCCGGCUGGACGAUCUGAGAGCUGAAGAUGAGGGACAGUAUAAAUGUAAAGUUUACAUUCAGCAAGAGUCUGGUGAGACUGUGGUUCAGAUAAAAGUUAAUGCUGAGCGUUUGCUAGUAUCAGGAUCGAGUCGCUCCAUAUCUGCGUCUGUGGGUGAAGACGUCACUCUGAACUGCUCUGUGGACUCUCACAUCCCACCUGGAGACUUUGAAGAGGUUACAUGGACGAAAACAGAUGAAGAUAUUCAGGUUCUACUCUACCAAGACAAUGAGACACAUUCAUCAAAUGAGCGAUAUAGAGACAGAGUUGAGUUCUUCCCUGCUGAAAUCCCCAAAGGAAACUUCUCUCUCAGACUGAAGAACGUCAGAACUGAAGAUAAAGGAGUUUACAUGUGUCAGGUGUUUGCUGGAGGACUUUCAGCCAAUGCAACUGUACUACUGGAGCAACUAGGUUUCUCUGCUUCACACAUAAUGGUGUUGAUUCUCUGUAUCUCUGCGUCUGGAUCUGCACUACUGCUCUGCUGUCUGAUCUACUGCAGAUCACAAAAUGAUGAUCUGCUUCUUCAGAUGUCUCUAGUCAUUUGUCCGAAUAUUUUUUUAUUUAUUGCUUUUGUCCUCUGGGGUGUUACUGAAGGAUCUCUGAAUGAGACAGUCGCUUGUUGCACUCUUUAUAUUCUGAGACCUCUUAUGUUGUGUUCAGCUGCUCCAUAUAAAAGAGGGUUUACAGGUAACGCUUUUACACUGAUGAUAGAAAAUUUUCUUUUCUCAACUGUUGUUUAUUCAGUUCUUUUUAAAAAAGCCUUGGAAAAAAGUCUGAAUUUUGCAGAAUUUGACAGAAUCAUACUAAUAGUCCUGUUUGUGAUCGUUCUUCUGCCUUGUCCCCUCUUUAUCAUUGCAGUAUUGGCUGAAAUCUUUGGAAAGCUUGGUGAACGGAUAGGUGAUAUACUUCUUGUUCUGGCUUUGAUAAGCUUUGAUAUUCUGCCUUCACUGCAAUUCAUCCUCCUGUUUUACGCCUUUGGAUCUGCCAGUGGCGGAUUCUUCAUUGUUGCAGUUUUACCAGUGCUGACAACAGUGACACGUUAUAAUUGGGAUCAUAAAUGUGGGGUAAAGAUGGGCUGUUCACCUCUGGUCCAGAGAUCAGUGUGGUCAGUGUUGAUGUUAUUGAUGAAUGCUGUUAUGCUCUAUUUCUACAUCAUGGCUCUGGAGAGUGAGAAAGAUCGUAUCGGAUGGGCCUGUGUGAUUGGAUUUCUUCAGUUAAUCUGGACAGUGUGGAUGUAUGCACGGUCAUUUAAGGAUUGGGAUAUUCCCACGUGUGUCCCUGUGUAUCUGUUGGGAUCAGUUGUUCUGGUGGAACUGAACGCUGCUGCACUGAUGACUGAACUCAUACUGAAAUCAGUUAAUGGUAAAGGAGCAUUGGGAGAUCUGAGGAUCAUUGUCUUUUCCUCUGAAUGUCUCUGUCUUUUACCCCUGCUGAUUUCACUAGUAGCUGCACCCUUGAUUCCCAAAAUCACAACAUGUCUGCAGAAAGAGCACAGAACGCAGCGAAGAACACGGAUCACAGCAGGAUCUGAGUCUUCAGACCGCAGCAGGAUCUGAUGAACCUCCGGCCGCUGGAUCAAACCAGAACCAGAGCUCAGAAUCACAUGAAAUUAAACCUCUCAUGAUGAAGACUGAAGAUCAGGAGGCUGGAGCUGAUGGAGAAACCCAUUCAGUGGAGACACACACAUAAUCCAUUCUGAUCAAACUCUCAUGAGCUCAGACUAAAUCCAGAUCAGAGUUCAGUGUCAUUCUUCAUUUCUAAUGGAGGUGGUCACUUUAUAAAAAUGUUUUGUUUUAUUCUGUGUUUUCUUGUUUUUACUGUUGUGUAAAUCUCUGUAAAUGCAUGUGUUUAAUGAACUGUUUAGUAACACCUUCAUUGUGUGUUUAUGUAAAUGGAGAGCUUGGGUCUGAAUGAAGGACUGUAAGGUCAGCCGCUGGAGCAUCUGGAGCUCUGAGAGUUUACAGCAGCAGUUUUUGGGUUGAGCUUUAGACUGAACAGCCCUGGGGCCCAUUCUUCAUACUUCGCUUAUUACA